GCAUCCCGUUCUUCAACCCCUUGCUUAGUAUGGGUGGAAUGCCCUUCCCGUGGGCGCUCCCGACUAGCGGGUCCCCUCCAAGCUCGCCGCCGUCGUCGCCAAUCUCCAGCACCAGCGUGUGGCACCGGCCUCAGCCAGCUCGGGCAGCGUCCUUCACCAUCGACGCCAUCCUCGGCCGCCGCCAGCAGGAGGUCGAGAACGCCGGAAGGUCGCUCUCCCUGCGGCGGGAGGACCGCCACCCGCGCCCGUCUCCUUACCCCGCCGUCAGCAGCGAGCAGAGCGGCGCCAACAGUGCCAGCGCCGGCAGCACCGCCGGGUCCUCGGCCAAGGCGAAGGUGAAGCGCGUGAGGACGAUCUUCACGGCCGAGCAGCUGGAGCGCCUGGAGGCGGAGUUCGCCCGCCAGCAGUACAUGGUGGGGCCCGAGAGGCUGUACCUCGCAGCGGCGCUCAACCUGACCGAGGCGCAGGUGAAGGUGUGGUUCCAGAACCGUCGCAUCAAGUGGCGCAAGCAGUACAUGGAGCAGCAGCACGCCAAGCUGGCCGGGAACCAGGACGCCGCGCGGCACUCCGACGACGGCGCUGAAGCCGCCUCGUCCUUGGACGGACGCACGUCCCCUCUCGUGGAGAUCCCUGCGUCCCCCGCGACGCCCAACAGCAGCGGCGAACUUCAGGACGACCAGCAGGAGCCUCCGCAGGAGCACCAGCCCAGCGCCCGCCCGCCCCACAGCGCGCCCGCCUACCCUUCCUAUCUGGCGGCAACGUUGACGGCGGCGGCGUACGCGGAGCAGCAGCAAAGCGAGCCGGCGGACCUAACCACGGGCGCCGCCAGAGCCAAGUGAAAUGCCCCCCUCCGGCAGGGGUUCAGCCCCCGACACUCGUUUGGACUCCGUGACACAGUGAAACGUGUGGAGCUCGCAGUGACUCAUUGACACACAGUGAUCCCGCCUGUCUGCGCCCGACAUGAGAACCCUCGUGGCCGCCGUGGAGACGACCUCGCCAGAGGAAGCACCCAGGUCGUCUUCCUCCUUCACCCUCCCCAGUGCUGACGACUCGACGACCAACGCCGAUCAUCAGUGGACAAAAAGACCUUAACUCAACCCCGGGAACUUCGAGUGCAAGUGCAAGUUCGCGAAAUCCAGGGACCCGAAGGGAGACGCUCGGCCUCCGCAAGGCUUAAGACUCGCAUUCUCUUCACCGCGCACGUGUCUGAACCGCAAGCCGAUGACUCCGCUGUCCCUCCGUCGGAUCUGCUUCGGCUGCCAAUCGCGGCACAGGAGCCAGAGGAUGUUACCCAGUGCUGUACCGUUCCGCAGAGUCGUUGGGAAAACCGCGGUCCAUGUACUUUGAUGCCGAGAUACAACUCCUCUGUCUAUAGUGUUGUUGCAGAGUUCCUAUGAGAAUCUCUUGUGUGUGUGUGUGAAUGUGUGUAAGAUUGUAUAUAUAUGUAUUUAUGUCCCUUUUUGUUAUAUCAUAUUGUCUAACAUAUUUGACUUUAAAUGUACCCCGAAUUUCACUAUAGUUGAUACUCUAGUCUUUAUAAUAAAUAUUGUUAAUAUUA